AUGAUAAAUCCUGAGGUGGCAUGGGGGUUGUUUGAGGAGGGGGCAACCCUGGUUGUUAUGAGCGUUCCCGAGGGCACAGAGCUCGGUAUCAACUACAAGAGCUGGCAGGUCGGGUCUUGUUUCCAGGGGGUGAAGAUGAUCCCACCAGGCCUCCACUUCCUCCACUACUGUUCCUCCAAUGCACCAGACCGUGGGGGUGAAACAGGCCCUAAAACAGGCCUCCACUUCCUCCACUACUGUUCCUCCAAUGCACCAGACCGUGGGGGUGAAACAGGCCUCUGAAGCAGCGAGAUCUGUCUGGCCAACUGGGAAGCCAAAGAGGAGGAUCUGGAUAUCUCUGCCUCCCAGAAUGAAGAGGUGGGCCGGGUCUGGGUGGGCCUACAAGACCUGGACCCUUUCCUGGGCCCCUACCCGUACGAGCUGAUGUAGAAAUGUGUCUCCCUAACUGCCUGGGUGAACCAAGAGCUGGCCACAAGGUUGCAGCUUCUCCUGGGUUGUAUGUGUGCCGUCAACAACCUAAUCUCAUAACUUUAGCUCAAACACAAGAACCGCGAGGAACAGAACCUGCCUAGGAACAAAAAGUGUCAGACCAUGAAGGAGGGGCUGGACAGGAUGAAGCUGAGAGAUGGGACUGAGCUGAGGUUCUCCCUCAUCCCCAGGCAGACCUACCCUCCUGGAGCCACCCCAGCCCAGAUCACCCAGUGUAGCCCAGACCUGAGCUAUGCCCUGGACAUUCUGCUGGAGAAACACCACCAGCAGCAACCACUCAAUGAGCUAGGUGAGCUGCAGUUUGCAUUUGUGUGUUUUCUCAUUGGGACAGUGUACUACGAGGGCUUUGAGCACAGGAAGCGUCUGCUGGCCCUGCUGUGUCGUAGUGAUAGCCCGGAUCUAUACCUGGGCCUCAUCGCGCAGCUGGGAGAGAUACCUACAGACUUCUCUGUGGACAUUGUGUCUCAGGACAACUACCUCACCACGCUACAGGACUUCUUCCAGUUUGCCAGUGGGCCUGGGGUGGACGGCACCCUGCGGAAGAGGGCAGAGAAGUUCAAGGCCCACCUGACCACUGAGGUAGAUCCUGACGAUUGUGACCCUGUCGUAGUGUUACUGCCUGAGAGGAUCACACUGGACUGA